GAUUUGAACUCACAACCUUUGGGAUGCUAGACUUUCUUGUUAUAUUCCCACCCAUCACAUAAGUAACCAUCUGUCUUAUGAUACAGUAUCAUACUAAUUUAAGUGUCCCGGAUUUUCAUUUACUAUUUUACAUCUAGUCUAUGAGACCAGGCUGCAAUGAAAUAAAGAGUUCGUUGACUUGUUCAACAAGUGAUCCUGCCACUCACCAUAGAAGGGCAUGUUGUGAUAGCCUGAGUCUGCAUUUCACAUCUGACCACCUGAUGAAGCACAUUUUAAGGAAUCAGACAGUGUUUACUGACAUUCCAUUGUGAGUGAGCUGAAAUGUCAUAAUAACAUUAGGCAACAAGCAUCUUCAACAAACAAACUGUCUUAUACAAUAGCUUACAAUAGAGUAGUUGAGGCAUACCUAGCCUAUUUUGCAAUACGAACAUAAACAACCUAAACAUAAUGUUAUUCGAAGGUUUAAAUAUUUGAGACAAACGUAUGCAACAGCCUAUGACUGUGAAAGGCAAUGCUUGAGAACUUUCUCACCUGCUUUGCUGUCGAACGAUCCUCCUUCCGAAUGACGUCAAAACAGUUGAAAAUUGCUCCGACUGCGAUUCUGGAGACGAAAUAGGAGGACCUUUCGCCGGGGAAAGAGAGAGAGUACCAGCGAAACGAAGUCCCACCCAAACAGGCUACACCUAUUACCUCUCCCUGGACAUAAUAUUGGGGCAGAUACAUCACACAAACUUAGGGGUGUUCGCCCAAGACUAUGGACAAGUUUCUCCUGCAAUUUCAUUGAAUAUAACACAUUUUGGAAAUCAUGCGAUCUGAAACUGGAAUAGUUAUUGCUGCCUUGUUCAGCCUGGGCUGCAGCAUGACACUGACAGCGGACAAGAAAGUGUGUCACGGGAUCAGCAACAAGCUGACGCUGCUGGGGACUGUAGACGACCACUACAACAACCUGGUGAGGAUGUACAGCAACUGUACCGUGGUCCUGGAGAACCUAGAACUCACCUACAUCCAGGACUACCACGACCUGUCCUUCCUCAAGUCCAUUCAGGAGGUUGGAGGCUAUGUUCUGAUCGCCGUCAACAAGGCAGCCAUCAUCCCCCUGGAGAACCUGCGUCUGAUCCGAGGACACUCCCUCUACGACAACAAGUACGCCCUGGCUGUCAUGUCCAACUACGAGAAGAACCACUCCUCUGUGACCCUCAACUACACCCGGGGUCUUAGGGAGCUGAUGCUAAGUGGACUGACAGAGAUUCUCAAGGGAGGUGUGAAAAUUGCCCACAAUCCUUUGCUGUGUAAUGUGGAGACCAUCCAAUGGUGGGACAUAGUAAACAUGGCCAGCAACCCCAGUAUGGAGUUCAAACUGGAGAGCUAUGGCCGUUACUGUGACAAGUGUGACCCUGGAUGCUACAAUGGAUCAUGCUGGACACCAGGACCAGAGAACUGUCAAACCUUUACCAAGCUGACGUGUGCAGAGCAGUGCUCUGGAAGGUGCAGGGGUCCUAAACCCAGUGACUGCUGUAACGGACACUGUGCUGCAGGCUGCACAGGCCCUAGGCCCACUGAGUGUCUGGCCUGUAGAGACUUCCAGGAUGAUGGCACAUGUAAGGAUGCCUGCCCCCCUACCAUGAUCUACAAUCCCAACACCCACCAGCUGGCUUUCAACCCUAAUGCCAAGUAUACCUUCGGGGCCACUUGUGUGAAGACCUGCCCACAUAACUAUGUCGUGACGGACCACGGGGCGUGUGUCCGAACAUGCAGUGGCAACACACACGAGGUGGAGGAGAAUGGUGUCAGGAGGUGCAAGAAGUGUGACGGAAUCUGUCCAAAAGUGUGCAAUGGACUUGGAAUGGGGCCGCUUACUGCCGUCUUGUCAAUCAACGCCUCUAACAUUGAUUCUUUCAAAAACUGCACCAAAAUCAAUGGCGAUGUUUCAAUCAUUGGGACCUCUUUGAAUGGUGAUAGGUACACAUCAACAGAAAAAAUGGACCCUGCCAAACUGGAAUAUUUCAGAACUGUGAAGGAAAUUUCAGGGUUUCUGCUGAUACAAGCUUGGCCAAAGCACCUCGAUUCUCUCAGUGCAUUUGAAAACCUUGAGAUUAUCAGAGGAAGGACCAAACAGUUUGGUCAGGUGAGUUUUGCUGCCCUCAACGUGGCUCAUCUGAAGUAUCUAGGCCUCCGCUCCCUACGAGAGAUCAGCGAUGGCAACAUUGUGGUGAAGAAUAACCCCCAGCUCUGCUACACCAACGAAGGCCACUGGAAUAGCCUGUUCAGACUGGACACACAGUCCUCAAGGGUGGGCAACAAUGCCAACAUCAGUACCUGUGCCCAGCUGAACAGUACCUGUGAUGACAUGUGCACUAAGGAGGGCUGCUGGGGGCCCGGUCCCACCAUGUGUUUAACCUGCCUGUACUACACCCGUAGGGGGCGCUGUGUGGAGGCCUGUCACCUACUGGAGGGGGCACCAAGAGAGUUUGUGUUGAACAACACGUGCCUAGAGUGUGACCAAGAAUGUAUGGUGAAGAACGGAACCGGAAGCUGCUUUGGACCUGGCCCUGACAAGUGUGUGGCGUGCGCCCACGUCAAAGAUGGCCCCCACUGUGUCUAUCAGUGCCCACGUGGCGUUCUCGGGGACGGGGAUAGGCCCAUCUGGAAAUACGCUAACAAGAAGAGAGAAUGUCAGCUCUGCCAUGAGAACUGCACCGACGGAUGCUCUGGACCUGGACUGAGUGGCUGCAACGCCAGAGGUGGUCCCGUCCCGUCGGUGGUGGCGGCCAGUGUGGUGGGAGGACUCCUGGUGUUUGUGGUCCUGGCACUGGGUGUGUUCGUGCUGCUCCGCAGACGUCACAUUGUCAGGAAGAGGACGCUGCGCCGCCUGCUGCAGGAAAGAGAGUUGGUUGAACCCCUGACCCCAAGUGGAGAAGCACCCAACCAAGCCCUGCUCCGCAUUCUGAAGGAGACCGAGUUUAAAAAGAUCAAAGUGUUGGGAUCAGGGGCCUUUGGAACUGUCUUUAAGGGCGUGUGGAUUCCUGAGGGAGAAAACGUGAAGAUCCCUGUUGCCAUUAAGGUGUUGAGAGAGGCCACGUCUCCCAAAGCCAACAAGGAGAUUCUAGACGAGGCCUAUGUGAUGGCCAGUGUGGAGCACCCCCAUGUAUGUCGUCUGCUGGGCAUCUGCCUGACGUCCACGGUGCAGCUCAUCACCCAGAUCAUGCCCUAUGGUUGCCUGCUGGACUAUGUCAAGGAGAACAAGGACCUCAUCGGCUCCCAGUGCUUGCUCAACUGGUGUGUACAGAUCGCAAAGGGUAUGAACUACCUGGAGGAGCGUCACCUGGUGCACCGUGACCUGGCGGCCAGGAACGUUCUGGUGAAGACACCUCACCAUGUAAAGAUCACAGACUUUGGACUGGCCAAGCUGCUCACCGCAGACGAGAAGGAGUACCACGCUGAUGGGGGCAAGGUGCCCAUAAAGUGGAUGGCACUGGAGUCCAUCAUUCACUGGACCUAUACCCAUCAGAGCGAUGUGUGGAGCUACGGUGUGACAGUGUGGGAGCUGAUGACGUUUGGGUCCAAGCCCUACGAUGGCAUCCUGGCCAGUGAGAUCGCUGGAGUCCUGGAGAAAGGAGAGCGCCUGCCUCAGCCCCCCAUCUGUACCAUAGACGUAUACAUGAUCAUGGUCAAAUGCUGGAUGAUCGAUGCAGACAGCAGACCGCGGUUCAGGGAGCUCAUCUCUGAGUUCUCCAAAAUGGCCAGGGAUCCAUCUCGAUAUCUGGUCAUUCAGGGAGAUGAUUGCAUGUACCUGCCCAGUCCCACAGACUCUAAGUUCUACACGAGCCUGAUCAGUACAUCAGAGGACAUGGAGGAUGUGGUGGAUGCAGAGGAGUAUCUUCUCCCCGAUAAGGGCCUCUCCAAUGGGCAGAUCACCCAGCACCACAACUCAAGGGUAAACGUAAACACACACACACACACACACACACAGACACACACAGACACACGGCUGAUGUCUGAUGUGUCGAUUGUCUCACCACAGAAUGGCCAUCCGAUGAGAGAGAACAGUGUGAUCCUUCGCUACAUCACGGACCCCACCCACGGCAGUUCUCUAGAGAAAGAUUUCUCCGCUCUUCCAGAAUACAUGAACCAGAGCGGGAACACCAGGCUCGCUGACGUCUUCAACCCCAACUAUGAGGACCCUAGCGAGCCAGACUGGGCUGGUAGGGCCUCCUUUAGGUACGACCCUGACAACAAGUUCUUCAACUCCCUGCCGCGCGUGCCGGAGGGACCCGAGUACCUCAACAUGGCCCACAGUACCCUCCCUCGCUCCGUCUGCGAGAGCAUGGACAACCCAGACUACCAGGAGGUCUUCCUGCCUCAGGCCACGCCCACCAGUAGUCACUUCCUGCCCGCAGCAGAGAACCUGGAGUACCUCGGAUUGAGCGCUGCUGUACACACCCCUGUACGCUAGGGCUCUCCUCCUACAGAACACAGGGACAGUGAGGGACAAUGGGACCUAAAGAAACUUGGAUGGAGACAGAUGUGGGACAUCAGUGAGGUUUUGGAUGAAUUAGUCAUGUGGUUGUCCUUUUAUUUCUGGAGCAAAUAGGCUUUAUGCAUUGUUCUUGGCAGUUGGAGAUGGAGCAGCACCAAGUCAGCCAAAACCAAGAUGGCGUCAGUCAUGAACUGAUGCUCCUGGAAAAUGUGUUCUCUAUUUCAAAUCCAUGGAUCAACCAUCCAUUUAGACAACUUUGAGUGACUUUCAGAUCAGAAGAAUGAGCCAAAGCCUUGACAUAACAAUUAUGUAAUGCAAAUCAUUUUUAUACUGUUGUUUUUCCAGUCCGUGUGUGGAACAGUUUUUUUUUUUUUGCCAUGAAAUGUGAAGAGGACAGAGUAGACAGCCCACUAAGGCUGGACACUGAUGGACCCUGUGCUUACAUUGUAUUGCGGAUAUCAUAUUUUACAGAUCUUUUCUCUGUUGUACACACUUGAAUGCCAAGACUCAAACCAUUUGGGGUACUGAGCUACCGGUAACUAACAGGGUCAAUCCAAAGGCUUUUGGAAAAUGACACAGAUGUACAGAUUGUGUAGAUCAACGCAUGUCUCGCACAAGACCCACAAGACCGUAAAUAAUAACUAUUUAUUCUAGGUUAUUCAGGUCUCACUCUUUGUCUUAGAAUGAAAACAGUCUUAACUCCUACUAGCAUUAACCAUUUUAAUUGGGCUGUAGUAACCAUAGAGAUAGAAGUUUAGGGCUCAAUUAAAUCUGGAUCGCUGAAGUGUUACUGAUUGCGCGAUAGAAAUGUAAAGGUCAUUUCUGAUCGAGCCGACAUAUGCAGCGUUUACUGUGAAUGCAGUCUCCGCUAACG